GGAGAUAAUGAACCAAACCCCCUCCAUUUCCACCCAGUGCUGCUAUCAUACUGGCACUGUACCACCGUAUGCAGCCCCAACAUCGGCACAUACCGUACCGUGAUAGAUCCAGGCCGCGAGCAUUGAUCUGGGCCGGGGUUGGACACCGUUGAAAGCCGGAAUCUACCCCACAUUCUUGCACCCGCACACCUCGAGGCCAGCACUCUCACCCCAUAUCCUUCCUCUCGGCACCUUCCUUCCUGCUGCACGGGUUUUUCCUGCAUUUACGACGAAGACGAGGUAUAAGACGACGACGAGAUGGAGCAUCGGCCAUCAAACUUGUAUCCCGAGAGUGAAGAAGGUAGCUUCUCUCUCCAAAAUUAAUCGGUCGUUACCGCUCAAUCUCGUGGCUGACGAGCUCUCCCUAUUUACAUCCAGCCGAAUCGGGACCGGAGCAAGGUACGGAUGAGGAGGGUGAAGAGGGCGUUAUCGGUGGCACUUCACUUGAGCAGGCCCAACUGGCGUACAUAUUCACUGGCAAUUCCCCAAUGCGCCUCGGACAACUGAUAUUCACUUCUGGUGCUGGUGGGAGCUUCUCCAGAUGUCAACAGCGCAGAGCGGGUUUGAGGGGCGAGGAAGAUAUCGAUCCUGUGCCGAACCCGGAGGGACAGAGGUUGAUGAAAUCUGGGGAAUUCGGAUCAGUGCGUUUCUCGAUCGAUACGGUUUGAUUGGCUGGGUGCCCAGAACUUAUGAUUUCUAGGAUGACUUUACGAAGCGCCCGAGCCGGGAGAGCAAAGGGGAUUCGGUAGGGGUGAGGAGCGAAUCAGUUCCAAGUACAAGCCUUAGCAAACUUCUGCUGCAAAGGGAGCUUGGAUGCUAUACCGGUGGCCGUGAGAGGAGGCUGAACCAAUUGGUGGCACAAGUAAGUUUGACAAUCCUCCCUCCUAAGUUACCAGGCUUCUUGUGCGAUAGCUGAUGUGUGCAAAAGUCAAUGGUGCCGUCCACCAAUGCUGAUUUCAUAGUACACUACGACAAUCGCUCCUACUCUGGCCAAUUUUCUGAGGAUGGAAACUUCUUCUAUAGCUGCUCCCAAGACUUUCGAGUGCGCAUGUAUGAUACAUCGAACCCUUACCAGUGGAAGUAUUACAAGACCGUGGACUACAUCGACGGAAGGUGGACGAUUACAGAUGCCACGCUUUCGCCGGACAAUCGCCAUCUAGCGUAUAGCAGUAUCACGGCUCGAGUAUGCUUGGCCAGUACUGCUCCGGAGGACGAUGGGGUGCACCCGCUUGACUUCAGUAAUGGCAGACACCGCAACCGGAAUGCUAUGGAUCCACGUUACGGGGUUUGCCCUUCCGCCGGAUCUUUCAGGCCUUGGUUGUUGCUAAUGUGUGGUACAGAUAUGGUCUAUCAGGUUUUCGGGUGAUGGUCGUGAGAUCGUUGCCGGUGCGAACGAUUGUUGUCUCUAUGUAUACGAUAUCGAGACACUAACACCGGUUCUUAGGCUCGAGGGCCACAAAGAGGAUGUCAACGCUGUCUGCUAUGGCGAUAGAGCUUCUCCUCACAUUGUCUAUUCUGGAUCUGAUGACGCCACGGUCAAGGUUUGGGAUCGAAGAAGUAUGGCGGACGGAAGGGAAGUAGGGGUCUUUGUCGGACAUACGGAAGGCUUGACGUAUGUUGACAGCAAAGGAGAUGGAAGAUAUGUGCUUUCAAAUGGCAAGGACCAGACGAUGAAGUUGUGGGAUGUAAGGUAAGAGAUUAUUACAUGCAGGUUACUUGACUGAUGCCUCGAGCUAACAACCGCAGAAAAAUGAUUGAUAAGAAAGAGUCCGACUCUAUGGCUCCUAGAAAUUACGGUACCGGUUUUGAUUACCGUAGAGACCGGUGCGUCCAUAUCGGCCCUCGAACCGAUAGAGUAUUAUAUAAUUACUAACUCAAUCAUAGAUAUGGCGAGCCGUCCACCAAACACCCUUAUGACUGCAGUCUCGUUACCUAUAGAGGUCAUAGUGUUCUCAAGACCCUUAUCCGCUGUCAUUUUUCCCCGCCAACGUCAACCGGAUCUCGAUACGUCUAUACCGGUUCCGCCGACGGCAAAGCCAAAAUCUACAACAUUGAUGCAACGGAAGUCGCAACAAUCGAUGUCCACGCUGCGACUAUCGGCUCCCGGCCUAUGGACCCAGACCUCAUACAUAGAUCAUACUACUAUUCGGGUAGCGGGACAACAGCUUGGAGGACUUGCGUAAGAGAUGUUAGUUGGCAUCCAAGUGCCCCGGCCCUUGCUAGUAAGUUGUGCUCCAUGAUUCCAACCAGGCUCUUGUUAAACUAACGCCCCUCAAUAGCCACAAGUUGGAACGGCUUCGGCCUCUCCACUGGCACCGUCACCCUCCAUAGUUGGAAUAGCACCGGCGGGAAGCCAAAAAUCUACAAUGCCAAGCUCCAAACAGACCUCUUCGAGAACGACCUAGGAUAUAGUGAGGAAGACGAGGAGGAGAGUGAGUAUGCUGAGACGGAAAGCGGGCAAAGUGAGGACUAUUAGUUGUUGACUGCACAAUAACUGAAAUGUUACCUUCUCGGGAGUUUUUACAUUCUAAUUUACAUAAUAUGAUACACACUCUCUCCCCUUUU